GGGAGCAAAUCGGCUUGUGUAGUAGUUGAACUAUUUUUAAGCACCUUCCUUUUUAACUUUGUCGCCAACUAAUUUAAGUCGCCUGCUUCUCUUGCGUUCGUAUCCAUAUGUUUUCUUUUCACCGCAUUCCGUGUGACCGUCACCAGAGGCUCUGAUCGAUUGUUCUCGCGUAAUCGUGUCGAAUAAAUGUACUGUCAGAUUGUAUCGGGCACAGUUUUUUUUACAGCCAUCGUCCUUUUCCGUACUGUGUGAAGUGUUCUGUACGGGUUUUGCCUUUAGUGCGACAAUUGUAAAGCGUUUCUUUUUGCUAAUAAGAUUGGUUUUAAAACUGUGUACUGUUUAUGUAUUGCGUCCCAGUUUGGUUGUUUGUAUCAGGAACCAAAGUAAUUAAAGGUUUUAUUGCGUGUGUUUCAAAAGUCUAUAGAGACUUAAGCGUGAAUAGUGCUGCGUUAGUGCGCUUGUACGGACCAAGCGUAUUUUAAAGCCAUUAUAUCUUCUAGAGAAAGUUGCGUAAUUACGGCUCUUCAGGGAAACAAACGCUUGGGAAAAGAUUUACUGGUAUAUUUGUGCUAAUCGAGAGUUUGCACCUCCAUAUUGCCGUAGCCGAAACUUGGCAAUCUUCAACCGCUAGUUAUCCUGUGACCAUGAAUAAUAGCAUCACCAACACGUACUACGACAUGCGGUCCUUCCCGGAUCUGGUCGCAAACUUGGCUGCGGAAAAUACUAAGAUGUACAACACCAGGCAGUCCUACAACGGGCAGGGUGGAUAUAAUAUGAAGUUUUACAAUUACUACCAGCAAUCUGCCCCGUAUGUGCCGCAAAUGUAUGGCAAUUGUUUUCCGAAGCAACGUUACACUCCGUACCCAAAUCGUAACUGUGGAGGUGUUAGCGUUGGUCCUAGCAACUACAAUGUAACAACGAAUCAUAGUAACCUGCCGCAGCCGCUGCUGACACCACAGCAAAAUCAUCAUCAGCAGCAACAGCAGCAGCAGUCGUAUUCAUCGUUGUCCGUUCAGUCAGCCAGUAACAGCUUCUGUCAGGCGCCAAUUAAUAAAUCGCUCAACUCUUCGCUGAAUAGCAGCAGCUAUUCCGAUUCGGGUAAGAAUUCAACGUUCUACAGCAGCAAUCAGAGUGGCUGUAGUAGUCCGCACCAGAGCAAUUACUCUACCGACAGUGGAAGCAUGGCCAGUAGCGGUGCGAUAAACACCAGCGGCGGUCUGGGAACCUGUUCCAGUUCGUCGAGCUCGUCGGUGUCACCGAUACCGCAGGCUCAGCAGCCACCACCGGUACAGCCACUGGCUUCAGUUUUGCUCGGCUCGACAGUGGAUCCGCCCGAUCAGGAGAUGGUAGUGCUUCAAAUCAGCAAUUUGGAUUCGUCCAUCGAGGAGCAUAAAAUGCACCAAUUUUUAAUGUGUCAGCUCAAACCCAUUACGCCCGUUAUUUCUCUGACGAUUGAAAGUCCUUCGCUGGCGAAGGUAAAGGUACCCACGGCACAGUGUGCGAAGCAAGUGGUGGCCAAUCUGCAUCGCAAAAAGAUCGGUCACAAGCGUAUGGUUGUUUCGUAUAUUAAGGAUCCUUCGUCUGCCGAAUCGUCGGCCUUGCGUUGUCAGGUGGCUGGUUUACUAAAGGACGUGCCCUUCUGCAGCCUGCCCAUUAAUCGUUUCCGUGAGCUGUUUCAGUCGCGCUUCAAAUCAUCGAUCAGUGUGCUGGAUCUGUAUCGUAUGCAGGAUGUGUGUGUGAUAACGCUAGACAAGAACGAAGAGAAGCACAUCUCGCUGCAGCCGGCUUUGAUCGAUACACUGAAGAACAGUUCGCUCGUGGAGACGUCGCAGCAUAGCGUACCGUACUGUAUGCAUCACUUUAAGCAGGAGAAGGAAAAGGGUUGGGCAGAGCAGGAGAUCGAACCGUUGCCAAACGUUAUGAUGACCAUUAACCAGUUACAGUUGCUCGUGUAUUCGCUGCUAAAGUCGCACAAGAACGACAUUCCCGUUGCAAGCGUUCUAUAUUGCAUCGAGCACGAGUUGCAGAUGAAGAUAGUCCCGAACGAUAACGGUGUGCCGCUGGAACACUUGUUGUGUUGCAUCCGAGGUGUGCAAAUUGCGAACAAUAGUUUCGGAAUAAAAGUACUCUCCUGGAUGGAUCACGAGCAAAACUCCACCAAGGAUAAUGAUGAUGUUUGGUCCGUCAAUCUCCGCUACAUGCCCAAGAGUCCGUCGAACGAGUUUCUGCAGCAGAUUUCGCGUGAGGUAGUCGAACUGAUCAAGAUGUCGCCUAAAUCGACGAUGAAGUUUACCCGGUUCAUUCCCGCCUAUCAUAACCAUUUUGGGAAACAGUGCCGGGUAGCGGACUAUGGAUACACGCGGCUAAUCGAGCUGUUUGAAGCGCUGUCGCCGGUGGUGCAAGUGAUGGGUGAUGGCGAAAACCGCCAUAUCACACUGACGCAUCGAACUCAGAUACGUCGUUUUACGAGCGAUCUUCUCAAGAUUCUACGUAACCGGGCGAAUAAAUCGAUACUACUGUCGCAGCUGCCGAUGGUAUUUACGCAUGCUCAAAACCGACCCUUCGAUGUUUCCGAUUACGGUGUGUGCAAUCUGUACGACAUUGUGGAUGGGCUUGUGUACAGCAACUCCAUCACGACGAAGGUGCAGAAUGAUAACGAUGUGUUAAUCUCGAUCGUCAAGCGCAAACAAACUGUAACCGAGCUGGAAAAGACGAGCGUGUUUGCAGGCGAAGUAGUGGAGUUGUUUCGUAAGGCACCGCAGUUUUCUAUACUGUUCAAGAAGUUUGUCCGCUCGUAUCAUUACCACUUCGGUUACCAGUGCCGUCUGAGUGAUUAUGGACUGCUAAAGUUGUCGGAUCUGUUGGAAGCAAUAAGCGGUAUUGUGGAGAUGGAACAAACCAACGAUGAGGAUCGCAAGAUCUAUCUCAACUACCAGGUAGCACUUCGCAUCUUUGCGGAGCAGGUGCAGGAUAUCAUUACAGCUGGCACAGGAAAACCGUGCACUGUGGUGCGCCUGAGUGCUAUUCUGAGCAUCCACAAAAAUCAGUACGGUUACCAGCUGCAGCCAAGCUGUCUGGGUUUCAGCAACAUGUAUGACGCAAUGAAGGCUCUACCGUAUACGGAAGUAUUUGAAGCUGGAGGCGAGUACAUGGUAGUCUCUCAUUUGGAAGAUUCGACCUUCCGCAUGCACACGUACGCUGCCUGCAUGGUGCUGAUGGAGUUCCGUAAAGAUCGCGUUACCCUGUCAGAGCUUAUGCGUAGCUAUCAGUUACGCUUUAAGGAGUUCUUAAGCGAAAAGAACAUUAGCAAUAUGAACCAUGCGUUGACGAUCGAAAUGGAUAAGGGUUUACAAACGGUGACAUUGACGGCGUUGAUGAAGUUUGUCAUGCGAAUGGUACAAGUGGUCAAACAGCGCACGUCGAUCAGUGUAUAUGACCUAAAACUGGCAUUGAAUGUAUCUUUGGGAACGUGCUUCGAAUUUGGAUAUCCCAAUCUGGUUGCAGUGUUGAAUGCAUUUUCGGAUGUAUUCGUGGCAGCCAAUGCUACUUACAUUAAUGAUAAAAGUGACAUCGAACUUAAUCGUGACUGUAUUUUAUCUAAGGGUUUUAAUGCUGCGGAAGAUGGGCUAUCUCUUAAGCAUACAUCCCAGGGAAAUGUGAUGUCCAAUAUUAAACAUGUAUCGAACGAUGUCCGCUAUUCAUCUGCCCCAGCAGCUUCAGGAGGAUGUUAUCCUAAAGAUACUGCACCAUUCCGUAAUACGGUCAAUGUUCAGUAUCAGCAACAACGCCAUUCCCUAGGAAACGAUUACGCUACACCGCUGUUUAAAGCUCUGCAGCAACCGUAUGGUCCUCAACCGUUGCAAGCUUCAAAUCCUUGCUACGGCAACACUAACACCCAGAACAUAUUGAUGCCUAAUAAUUACGGGAACCGAAACUCUGUGAACUCUUCGACGCUUCCCCCAAUGCCAUAUGGAGCUUCGAAUGGGUAUCAAAAAAGUAACAUGAAUCUUCAAAUGGACAAGGAAAAUAUGAAACCAGUGCAAAAUAGUUACGGUAGCCACGACGUUGUGGGCACCAACUACAACAAGUUUUCUUCUAGCAUUGCACAAGAUCAAGCAUCAAAUAGUUUCCAGUUGAAUUGUGGGCCUAAACUGUCUGAUUGUAAAGGGUUGUGGGAUCAGGCAGCGGUGCAAUCAACAAGUCAACCGUUGCUAUCGAACAGAAAUAUUCCAAACCAGCAGUCGAACUGCUGGAAGAAAAAGGGCGAAAAUUUAACGGAAAUGCUUAACUCUCGCAGUUCCAUUAUGGAUGUGGUUUCUGCCUACUGGGAACCACCAAAACCGGAUACACCGACCGACAUGAAUCUUCCGUUCUGGUUGGAUCCCAUCUGGAACGAUACUUUGCAAAACCUGGACAGCAUUUCCUUGUGUUCUGAUCCCGGUAAAUUGCUUAACAUUCCAAUUCCGGAGCUGAAAACAAUUAACAAUCUACCGCCGCUGAAUACGCCGUUGGAAUUUCUCUCCGAGCAGUUAUCGAUCUUUUCUUUCGAUCAAGAUAAAUAACGGUCAUGUUCCUUUAUCCUGACAGCUAGUCAAUUGCACCAACCACAAGUUGUCGGGGAAGGAUGGGCACAGGCAAGAGCUCUUAUAAAGCGAGAUAUCCUUUCCUUACCCCCAAAGAUUGAUCGAAUCCUAAGGAUGAUGAUCUUGACCCGAAAAAACUUCCUUCAGCCAAUGUCAAUGUGUGUUGAAGGCUUCCUACCGAAAAGAUCGUUCACCGAAAUGGAUCUUUACGGUUGAAUGGUUCGUGGAAACGGUAGGACAACCAUUUGCCUGAGGUGCCAUCAGUCGUCAGUUCCAUAACGUAUAACGCAUCGCAAAGUACCUUUCAAUCCGUUAAAGAACGAGUUAGAAUUUAAGUUUAAAUUGAUCGUAACUUUUAACUUAUUAUAUUUAGAUAGCGAGAAAAGACUGUGCCGAUUAAGUGAACUUUACCCGAACCCCGAUUGUAUCAACGUAUGCUCACUAAAACUCGUACGUACUGUAGAUUUGUUGUGACUAUUGAAGGGAAAGCACGAGAAGGAUACGAAACCCGAAGAAGAAGUGAGACAUGUGUUGUAAAACUAUUACUUGGAAACGAAGAAACAAUCUUGAUUCCGGAUUGCUUUUCUGGUUAAAAGCGAAACUCACUGCCGGAGGACUAAGAUAUCAACUAUGAGUGAAAUAUGUCCUUAUUGGUGCGACAAAAAAACAAGCAAAAACACGAUAGGGAAAGGUGCAUUUACAUGCAGGGGAAAAGCAGCGAGAAAGUAUCCAGUUUGAACUCCC